AUGUCAGGAGACCCCCAUCAUGUUCCUUUACCGACCAUCGCUCUUGCAGAUAUGAAGAUUCUCAAGGAUUGCUUCACCAGGACAAUACGAGAUUCAUCUCGGAUGAACCAAGGGGAGUCAAGGACGGAUCUCAUAGUGCUCUUGCAGAUAAUAUGGGACCAGAUCAUACUACCCAUUGUCAAUGUACUCGAGCAUGUCCUCAAACUAAAGUGUUCCUCUCGAAUCUGGUUGUGUCCGACUGCAGCUUUCAUGUCCAUUCCUCUCCAUGCAGCUCACCCAUUUCAAACAAAGCCGGAUUAUUCUGGGAAGGAGCUAUGCCUGGAAGGUCUCUACAUUUGGUCUUACAUGCUGACACUUUCGGCUCUGAUCAGAUCUAGACAGUUGAUGAAGAAGCGCGUGCCUUUGUCCUUUGUGGCGAUCAGACAGGGUCAACCAGGUGCAGGGAAAGACAAGGUGCUCUUGGCUGUCGACAGCGAGCUCGUGUUACGACUAGGAUAA